AUGGGACUUUUCCUUGGUUACCUUCUGGGUUUCGCAGUUGCCUUGGGAUUGAUUGUGGGAUUUGCAAAAUACCAAAAUCUCAGAUCCAAGAAGCGCAUUGAUUUGAUGCAGAAGUUAUGUUUAUUAUAUAUCAUCACAUUCUUUUCGAGUUUGUCUUGUUUUCCAAGUCAUGAGAUUGUCACUCCACCAAGAGUUGCCAUUUUGGAGAGUGAGCCUAAUGAGAUAGUUAUAGAAUUGGAUAUGCAGUGGGAUGGAAAUCCAGAUAUAGUGCUUGAUAUCAAGACUAGAGUUGGGGUGGCACUGCCAAUACAGGCCGGUAAGGUGAAGGAUGUGUGGCUGAAGCUAGUGAAGGAUCUUGACAUCCAGAGAGAUAACAACAAGAAUCGUGGUCAGGUGCAUUUGGAGCUGAUUUACUGUCCGUUUAGCACAGAGAAUGUUUGGACCCAUUUGAUCCCUAACUUCUGUAGAGAAGGCACUCAAACAUUUGACAGUAGGGAAGCUGCUGCUGCCAAUAAGAAGGAUAUUAUUGUCAGAGGAGUUCUCUCAGUGACUGUGGUGUCGGCGGAAAGUGUGCCAGCUACCGAUCUCAUGGUAAAAUCGGGCCCUUUUGUGGUGCUAACAAUGAAGAAAUCCGAGCACAGAAACAAGACAAGGGUGCCAUUUUCUUGA